AUGGCGGGGAGGGUAGUACGGGCAGCAGCAGGCCAGCUGGGAGAGUUCGGAGAAUGGAAAUCAGAGCCAGUUAGCAAGGGAUUUUUGGCUUCUCUGGAAAAAGAGAUGAUCAUGGCAGCACCAGGCCAGGACUCCCUUGUGGUGGCAGAUGCCGCUCCAAAAGAUGAGCCUGACCUAAGGCGGGGGCCCGCAGCAGGCUGGACCUGGCGGCGGGAUCAGGAAGGACACUGGGAGGGAGGCACGACGGUGAUAAAUCCCUGUAGGGCGACUCAGAGAGCACAGUACAGGCUCUGCCGAGGUCCUUUACUCUUCACCUCUCGCCGCCCCAACCCCGCCCGCGCCCCAGCAUCCUUGCAACCAGUUGAAUCAAUUCACAGUUCAGGAGCCUGGGGAACGGAAUUGGUUUCUGUAUGUGAAACAGGUCUGCCCCUCUGGGGAAGCCCAGAGGGGAACGUCCGGAGGGCCUUUUCCAGGGCUGGGCGGGAGGGGAACGAGUCCGGCGCGCGGAUCGGGGGCUCGAGGGAGGUGCAGAGGCCGAGCCCCCGAGCCCCAGACCUUCUCUCCCGGCCCCCAGACCUCCGCGGUCGUUGCCCCUCGGGCGCCGGGCGGGUGAUUGGCAGUUGCCGCAGCUCUAGGGGGACCCGGGUAUCCAGGACCCGUGGCCGCCGCCGGUUGCCGUCCGCUCGCUCGGCGGCGAGGUUUCCGCGGCCCCAUGACCUGGCCUGGGCUGGAGCAGCCGCGACGGGCGGCGACCCCCGAGCUGGAGCCCGGGCGGCUCGCGGUGGGUCGGGGGCAGCCGGGGAAGGUCCCGAGGCCUACGGUGGGCAGCGCCGAGCCUGGAGGAGACGGCCGCGGGCGGAGGCGGGGGGUCUGGGCUGCCCCCCUCAGGAGCUGCCCCGGGCCGCACCGCCACCGUCACGGCCCGGCCGCCCCUGCCCGCCGUGCGCUUCCUCUUGGAGCCGCAGGCCUCAGCGGGGACUCUGGGGGGCCGCGGCGGGGCCCGGCACGCGACGGCCUCUGGGGAGUUGGGGUCUGGGGAGACCGGGCUUCAUCCCCCGCUCGCCCAGGCCGCGAGACCCUCGGGAGGCGCCUCCGCGAGGCCAGAGAGCAGCGGGCUCCCGCCGCUUCCCCUCUUCCUGAGCCCAAGGAAUCUUCCGAUAAUUCUGCCGCCACGACUUGAACCGUGCGCGAGGCGAGCUCGAAACAAACAUCACAUCUAAAUUAAAAAAAAAAAAAAAAAAAAAAAAAAAAAAAAAAAAGCGGAAGAAGCGGCCGAGG